AUGUUGCAUGAAGUAAAGUACAUGGAAUCUGGUGCUGUGGGGAAGAAUGUAGACAAAAUCAAGUUUUGUGAUCUUUUAAAGCUGUAUCUCAAUCACCGGCCAGCCAAAGGAGUUCCUGCUGAAAAACUCAAGAGUGCCUUUGCUACCUUUGCUAGAAAAUCAGAUGGUCACCACCAACCAGUAGUCAGAACCACUGACUUAGUAAAGAUUCUAGAGGAAAAAGGUGAAGGUCUGUCUGUUAAUGAGAUACAUGAAUAUCUCAGAGUGUUGUGGCAUCAGAAGUGUCCCCCAAUGACAGAACUCUCACAUUCGGACAUUUCAAUCACAGAAACAACCCACCAGACAACGGACACAGCUGUUGUAGAAAUUCCAGAGCUGAGUGCUCCGUCCUGUUGCCUGCAUCACGGGUAGUCGAGCUGAACUGUACUGGCAAAGGAGUGUGCAACCUGCAAUGUGCUGUUGAGGCCCGAGCCUCGUCGGGUACCUGGCUG